AUGGUGAAUGCCUACAAUAUUUUGGUGCUCUUGGCAAAUCUGGUGGUGUUGAAUUGUCAAGAACAAAAUGUCCUAGAGCAACAUACAACGCACGAUACUGAUUCAGUAAAUCCAAGCUAUUCAUUCAGCUAUGGAGUAUCUGACUCCCGUACUGGAGAUAUCAAAACAGUAUGGGAAGCUAAAGAUGGUGACACUGUUAAAGGUCACUACAGCGUUUUAGAACCUGAUGGUUCUAUGAGGACAGUAGAAUAUUCAGCAGGCCCCAACACAGGAUUCCAAGCGAAGGUCAAUAACGAUGGUGUACAGCCCCAACCUGAUGUCCCAAUCUUUGAAAGUAAGGCCAUGAGGGAUUAUGAGCAAGUUUUUGAUUUUUCUGAAGUUCCUGAUGAAGAAGAGCGCUACGUCAAAGUAAAUAAGAAAAGAGGUAACGUUCUCGAUGGUCGGAUAAGAGACUAUGUAAAAAGAAAACGACCACAAUAUCCCAUCGAUCUUGAACCCAGCGAAUACACCCAUAGCUAUUCAAUAAAACAUCCAUAUCGGGAUACAGACGGUGCAGAAAGCGAAUCUCAUAUGAGCAUGGAUCCAAGUUGUAAAACAAAAAAGAAAAACGAAAAUCCUAUGUACACAAGUAUCACAGAUUUAGAUUUAAAGAAAUAUCCGAGUUUUGCAUCGAAUUCGUUUAAGGAAGAUUUUGAAAAAUAUGAAUCUCAGCCAUCAUAUGACUUCGAUAAAUUAAUAAGUAGUCAAAAGUAUGGCAAAGGUAAAUUUGAAGAUUUUGGUAUCAAAGAAUCAAAAUACACAAUGCCAUCUAUCCCAGAUUUGCCAUCGUUUGACAAAUACUAUCCAGAAGAUCUUCCUUCUCGCCCAAAAAAGAAGUAUAAGCCGCAUAAGAAACCUGAAAUUCUUAGCGAUGAUCUAGACGAUUAUAUCUUAGUUCCUAAAAAGAAAUAUAAAAAUCCGCUGAGGGUUCCAGACUUGGAUGAUUACCAUAGUAAUGACGAUGAUUACGAACGACCGCAUUUUGAUGACGACGAUAGAUAUCACUCUAUCCGAGGUUCUGGCUCGGCUCCAAAGGAAAUCAUUAGGAAAGUUGUAAAGAAAAAGAAGCCAGUUAUAAACCUAUUAGAUAUGUUUGAUAUUUAG